UUUCCAGUUCCUCCAGCCGUCCGCACCCCUGAUACAUUGAACCCGACCGUCUCCAGCCCUGACGCCUGGGCAGAAUGUGCCGGAGAGCGGAGCCGCGGUGCCUGCCACGCAAGUGAGAAGCUGCAGGUGGUUCCCGGGUGCCUGCCCGGAGCCACGCGCGCAGCCCGGGACCCCGCGGGUGCGGACGCCGAGCGGUGCGGCCGGUAGACAGCCCCCGCCUCGGAACGCGUCAUCUCCUCCCAAGCCGCCGGGGCCGGGCCGGAGCUCCCACCGACGGCCCCCCUGCGCCCCGUGCCCUCGCAGAUCCCCCCUCCAAUGAUUCAGAAGUCACGCCCGGCGCUGCUGCAACCUCAAGAUGUGGGAGACAGGAUGGAAACGCUCAUGUUGCACCCCACGAUCAAGGCUUUCCUGUGCGGUUCCAUCAGUGGCACUUGCUCCACCCUCCUUUUCCAGCCCCUGGAUCUCCUCAAAACGCGCCUGCAGACACUCCAGCCCUCGGCCCAUGGAUCCAGGCGCGUGGGGAUGCUCGCUCUGCUCCUGCAGGUGGUCCGCACCGAGAGUCUCCUGGGCCUGUGGAAAGGGGUGUCCCCUUCCAUUGUGAGAUGUGUCCCUGGUGUUGGAAUCUACUUCGGGACCCUCUACUCUCUGAAGCAAUACUUCCUGCGAGGCCAUCCCCCCACUGCCAUGGAGUCCGUCAUGCUGGGGGUGAGCUCGCGCUCGGUCGCAGGGGUCUGCAUGUCGCCCAUCACUGUGAUCAAGACACGUUACGAGAGCGGGAGGUACGGCUACGAGAGCGUCUACGCAGCCCUGCGGAGCAUCUACCGCAGCGAGGGCCACCGGGGCCUCUUCAGCGGCCUGACAGCCACACUCCUUCGUGAUGCCCCCUUUUCCGGAAUCUACCUGAUGUUUUACAACCAGACCAAAGCCAUCGUGCCCCAUGACCAGUUGGAUGCAGCCCUUAUUCCCGUUGUAAACUUCAGCUGUGGGGUAUUUGCUGGGGUUCUGGCCUCACUGGUAACUCAGCCUGCAGAUGUCAUCAAAACUCAUAUGCAGCUCUCCCCAGGGAAAUUUCGGUGGAUCGGCCAGGCAGUGACGAUCAUCUUCAAAGACUACGGGCUGCGUGGCUUCUUCCAAGGCGGGGUCCCCCGGGUCCUCCGCAGGACUCUGAUGGCAGCCAUGGCGUGGACAGUCUACGAAGAGAUGAUGGCCAAGAUGGGCCUCAAGUCCUGACCCAGGGGCACCGGGAAGAGAUGGGACCUGUUGCCCUGCCUGGUGUCUGCCAAGAGCUGCUUCCUCUCCAUCCUGGACGGAGACGAAGCCCUAUGGGGAGAGCCAGGCAGAUAAGUCACCUUGUUACCCAGGCCAGGUAGCGAAU